AUGGAUUCUUGGGUAACUGAAAAUUUAUCUCAAUUUUUUAUUAAUGGCAGCAAUGAAAGGGUUAACUCUUUGUAUUUUGAAAAUAAACUAACAGAUGAAGAAAGAGCCACUUUAGAUCUAAGUGAUAGUGAUAUUUUGGUCCAAUUUAUUCGAAAUAAAUAUCAGGCAAAGAAAUGGGUUAGUGAUAUUUUGUUAGCCCCUGCACAAACAACUGAAUCUAUUUUACCAAUACCUGAAAAAUCGAUCUAUUCCCAGCAUGAACAACAAGUGACAUCAGAAAAACAACCUACAUUAGCCACAGAUACCACUGUUUCGCCAAAACUGCCUGUUUUACAUGAUAAUUUAACUGAUAUGAUUCGUAUGAAUCCACUUAAACCAAUAUCGAAUUUAAACUCGAAGGUUAAAAUUAAUAGCACUAAUAACAAGUAUUUAUUAAACAAUAGGAGUCAAGAUGGUUUUGUAAAACGGUCUAUCUAUAAACUAUAUGCAUCUUCCGAAUAA